AAACAGAAACUGAGUGAUUGGUUUCGUUUUUCAUAAUACGAAACUUGGCCUGGAUUAUUUGAAUUAAUUUACUGUGCGUGCACGUACUCAGGUCACAGCCCUGAUCCAGCGAGUCUGGUCGUAGGGUUGCAUUUUUUUAACCCGUUUCUAUCAUAGAGAAUAAACAAUCUGGCCCACAAUGCCUUCUGCCACAGCCUUUAUACAAUUCUGACGAGAACGUAAGUAAAAACCACAGAAAAAAACGAAAGUGAAUUCAAAAGGCUCGAGGUCGGUCGCCCCCAUGCGGGCCAAGGUGGAACGGCCCCGCAGCAACAGUGAACCGAUGCGAGACUACUUCCGUUUUCUGUGUUUCUGGUCACUUAGGCUUUUCGUCUCGGAGAUGUCCAGCUACACUUCCAUCAUUCACUAUGCCACGAGUGUCCUUUGCGGCAGCAAGGGGGCCAUGGUCCUGCUGCAGCUACACCGGAAGGUGUUCCAGCGCUUCAACGUCAACGAGGACGAGUUUUGGUACAUAGUGAAGAAGUGUCCUCGCUUUGUGGUGGUGAAGAACAAGGAGGGGACGCACGGAUGGGGAGCCGACUGCACGGUGGUGGCGAAAACGUCGCUGAGAUUGUGCAAGAAAUACUCAAAAGAGAGCUGCGUGAAUUGCCAGGAGUUGCAUCUGUGUAAAUACUUUGUGUACGGAAACUGCAGAUACGGGAAAGGCAGGAAGCCGUGCCGGUUCUCUCACGACAUCCGUUCAGAGCACAACUACCCUCUCCUGCGAGAGUGCACCCUUCAUGAGCUAAAUGAGGAGGACCUCUUCCUGCUCCUGCUACAGAAUGACCCUGCCCUGUUGCCGGAGGUGUGCUCUCACUACAACAAGGGCACUGGGAUGUACGGCACCUGCACCUUCAAAGAUGGCUGCACCAAGCUGCACCUGUGCCAGCACUUUGUUCAGGGCUACUGUAUGUUUGGCCACAAGUGCAUGCGGCAGCACGUCAUCGAUCAGGACGGCUGCCGCAUGCUGGAGGAGCGGGGCCUCGGCGGAGACAUCAUCCAUGACCUGCCUCUGAUUUACCAGAACAUCCAUCAGCUAACCGCACUUUCAUCCAGCUCCCCCAAAGAGGACCUGCCCGACCUGCAGUCCCAGGCUGCCGCUCAGACAGACGAGAAGAACGAGAUCUGCCUACAUUUUAUCCGCAAGAGCUGCCGAUUCCAGGACAGUUGCAUCCGUGUGCACUUCAACCUGCCGUACAAGUGGGAGGUGUUUGACGGGGACAAAUGGAAGGACCUGAGGCAUAUGGAGGAGAUCGAGCGGGCCUUCUGUGACCCGCGGAAAACCCAGAGCCCCGGCGCACGGCCUGUGGACUUUCUGACCAUGAGACGGGAGGCGGACCCCGUCCGUCGCCUCUCCACAGUUUCCUCAGUAACCAAGCCACCCCACUACAUCCUGACCACUGAAUGGCUGUGGUACUACAAGGGUGACCAUGAGAACUGGAUUGAGUAUGGAAAGCCUGACGACAAGCAGCGCACAACCUCUGUGACUUCUAGGAACCUGGAGGAAGUGUACAUGACAAACAAGUCAGCUGAAAUCAAAAUUGUAAAAGGCCACCGGCAUUACUAUCUCAGCUUCCAAGACAUGUACCAGCGAAACCCGAAGCACAACACCAAGAGGAGAGUGCGCCGCCGACCACGCUUCAUCUCCAUCAAAGAGAUGGAGGAGCAGAUUGUUCGUUAGAAAAGAGAACAGAACUGACAUUGCUAUCUUUCUGGACGGAAGAGUGCCUUAACUCGGGGCAGAUGAGUGGGAGGAAGGUGGGGGUAUUUUCCUCUGAAGAAACAACAUCCCAGUGGUUUCCACAUUAAACAGCCUCUUUUUCAGUCUCCUCAUCUUUCUGCUCUUCGUACCGGCUUCAUGGUUUACCCUGCAUUCACAUGGAAUCCUGUAAACGGCAAACCAGGAUCAGGAAUCAGGAGCACUUCCCUUCAUGCACUUGCGCACGUGAAAUGAAACGAAAUGCGGUUUCCCCCGGCCCACAGCAGCACAACACACAGCGGUACAACACCAAGACAAAAACACAUCCAAAAACUACAAGAACACACCUAUCCUGACUAACACAUAUAUCAAAACUAAAAUAAAAAUUCCACUGUCCAGGAGAACGAACGCCAGAUAGGAGGACUGUCAGAACUGCCGGUCUGCAUUGGUUAGCAGUUAGCUUAGCCCGCCCCGCUUCUGUGUCCUGUUAGGCCGCCCUCGGCGUCUCCUCCUCAGGUGCAGCUCCAGGCAGGGGCCGUAGUCCCCCCCCCCCCUGGGCCCACCAGACGAAGCAGACCAGGCUCCCUCAGCCGAUCCAGCGCCAGCCCUCCCAGCCAGACACCUCCGACGCACCUCCGACACACAAGUCAGUGUUGUGGAUAAGUGCCGGGAAAAUCGGAUGACACCAACAAAUUACGCAGACAACGGCGGCAAAGUUUAAAAUAUUCUAAUUUUUUGCCAUCCUCCGUGGCAGAAUUCAAAAUCUGAUGUUAACAAAAAAAAGAUGGCAGGUUAAUUUGUAUCACAACUUAUUUAUCUGAAAACAAUACGUCACCAUAGCAACCCAUAUAGCUUUUUUUUUUUUGGUCGUCAUGCAGUUUGGUGUUUUUCCCGGUCCAUGUUGCCGCCUGCAGUUCACCGUCUCCCAGAUUCCAUGUUAAUGCAGCACAUCUUUCACACAGAGUGGAUUUAUCUGUCUUACUAGUCACUUUUUCUUUCUCUCUUUUUUUUUCCUAUAAUGUUGCCCCAGCAGCAGCAUGGCAUAGGUCAACAAUACACACAAUGUCAGGACGGACGUGAAAUUACUGUAUUUUCCGGGAUGAAACGAAAGGAAUAAAACUUUGACGUUGGUGAACUGUCAGCUGUCAUUGCAUCAUGUCUGCUCAAGGUAAUGGAAGGAGUCGCUAUUAAAGAUUUCAC